AUGCCUGCCAAACAAACAGUGGUACUCAUCUCCGGCGCCAACUCGGGCAUUGGGCUUGCUGUGGCGAACCAGCUUGCCCGAGACCAUGGAUACCAUGUCAUCGUCGGGGCACGAAACGCUGCUGCCGGAGAGAAAGUGGCUGCUGCCCUCGUGGCGGACGGAUAUUCAGCCUCCUCCGUCCAGCUUGACGUCACCUCAGACGAGUCGAUUGAAGCAGCGGUCCAACAGAUCACGCGCGAGUUCGGAGUCCUGGACGUGCUGAUCAACAAUGCGGGCACCCUACUGGAUGUCAGCGACCAUGGCAUGUCGAUGCGAGAACUCUUCAACCAUACUUACAACACCAACGUCACUGGCGCCGCCUGCCUGACCGAGGCAUGCAUCCCACUCCUGCGCAAAGCCGAGCUUCCGCGCGUCGUCUUUGUCUCGUCGCGCAUGGGCUCCAUCUCCGAAGCGUCGGACAAGUCGAAGCCUUACUAUAGCACCGACUACAAGACAUACGAUGCCAGCAAGGCCGCCCUCAACAUGGUGGCUCUCAACUACAACCGGAUCCUCGAAGAUAGCGGUGCGCGGGUGAAUGCAGUGUGCCCCGGGUUGGUCAAGACCAAGCUCACGGGAAAUCAUCCGAUGGGAUCAUCGACAGAAUUGGGAGCACAGCGAAUCGUCGAAGUAGCCACUGCCGGAAAGGGAAGCCCUACAGGGACUUUCUCGGAUCGAGGCGGUAACAUUCCUUGGUAG